AUGGUUGAUAGACUCACCGACGAACAAAUUCAAGAAUACAAGGAGGCCUUCUCCCUCUUCGAUUCUGAUUCAGAUGGUACCAUCGUGACCAAAGAAUUGGGUACCGUCAUGAGAGCUUUGGGUUUAAAUCCUUCUCAAACCGAACUCGAUGAAAUGAUCAAGGAUAUUGACGUUAACAAUACUGGUACUAUUGAUUUCAAGGACUUCCUUGUCCUCAUGCAAAAGAAGAUGACCGAUAACGACUCAGAAGAUGAAAUUAAAGAAGCAUUCAAAGUGUUUGACAGAGAUAACGAUGGAAUAAUUAGUGCUGCUGAAUUGAGACACAUUCUCACAUCUAUGGGUGAAAAGUUUAAUGAAGAUGAGGCUGAGGACUUUAUUAGAGAAGCCGAUACGAACGGUGAUGGUCAAAUUAAAUACGAGGAUUUCUGCCGAAUUAUGAUGUCCAACUAA